UGGACGACCGCUCUUCAGAGAACACGUGCAUCAUCAGUGGCAGCCGGGAUCUCCAUCGACCUGUUCCUAACAUGACGUCGUUACCGAAGACCGUUGGGAACAGCAUAUCACGAGCGCUGUUCAUAACGAUUGCUUUUGCCCUGAGCCGAGCAGAGCUUCCCGAGCGCAGACCGGAUUUAUCGCCCCACCAAGAUGCUUGGAAGGCACUAACAGCGCCGGGAAGGUAUUACCUGUAUAUGAGGUCCUAUGAGGACGAGCCAUUUUACGGAUUGAACCGCAAGUGCGUCUUCAACGACCUAAUUUCUGUUAACGACAAGGAAAAGUACACAACAAACAUAUUUGGAAGUACGGAUCCAAAGGAUGGCUCAGUGAAGAAUGCAACUGCGUACGCAUGGGCACGUGCUACGGACGGCUAUGACACUCCAAACGUGAUUGAAUCAUCCACUUCUCUCGAAAGAGAUUUCGUCGUGCAGUACGCGGUGGCCUUUUCUGAAUACGAUAACUGCGACAUCCUGAGGAUCCCGCACCGCAGAAACGGCUGCGAACUCUGGGCGAAAGCAGGUGAAGUCGACAAGGUCAAGUCGAGCUGCUUCUUCCUGUUCCACUUGCUAUGUGGGCCCGAAAAGUACAUCGUCUACGACAAAGAUCUGUGCGAAAAAAAUGAACGGCUACAGUUACCUGAGUGCAGCUUACAUGACAAAAUGGACUAGUUAUGUAAAUUAUGCUAUUCCAGCACCAAUGCAAAAUAAGCCAGAUCAUUACGGUUUUGGAGACCCGAAUCAUGUAAGCUUUCUUUGUUUUCAUUGACACAUGCACUUGGCCGAUUUGCUUGAGCAUACUGGAAAGCGUAACGCGCUCAAUGAACUUGCGCUGUUUUUAUCCCAGUAAAUUAGUAUUCAACGCUCGGUAACCUUGGACAGCAUUUAUUAUUCUGUUCAUGCGUAUGACGCAUCCCGAGAUGUGUUUAUUGUUAUAGAAGUUAGGGCGGCCUUCCGGGAUCAUCCUCGUUAUUCCUAUUAACUGCCUAUUUUAAGCAGCAACCUUACUCACUGAGCUAGCAAAUCACAAUGGAAGGAACCAUAAAAAGUGUAUAAUAUGAAAAGCUGUAUAACACAUAGAACAGGCGCUCGUCCUUCUGAUUCAGAUGCUUUGACCCAUAGGUUCAUUUCAACAAAUUUGCAGUCAGGCCAACAUAUCUUCUCGGUACUUUCUCGAUGGCCGUUUCAUACUUCAACGAAGUUGUACGUCUACAUAAAAUCAUCGAACGUUAACGCUCACUCAAACACACCGCGCACGUUUCCUGGCGCUGCAUAGCGUCCCAUUCGCCCCUGAAAUUGUCUCUUUAGUCUACUGCAUCUCAUAGGCCUACUUACCUGAUGGUUGGUUCCCGUUCAAGAGUUUCUUCUCGUCAACCAUCACUGCCAGGAAGUAAUCCUGAGACCGGUGGACACGUGCAGCAAGUCUCCUCCAGCAGCAGUUUAACCACCUCAAGAAGUGCACUAAGAAUCGCUGCUGGUAUCUUAACUCUGCGAGUCAAACUGCUCAUGAUAUUUGCAUCUGUACAAUAACAUUCCAUGCAGCACAAGGAGUGCCUGAAAUCGCCACCUAAAGCGGCUGCGUGCAGCACACAAAUGAAAUUAAUUUGUCUCCUUACCAUCUCUAAGCCAUGUCACGUCUUUACCGUAUGGUGUAAUCCUAUAUCAGUGCUUGUGUUGCAAUGUAAAAGAAUCUUGUCGAAUAAAACCAAAGUGCAAGUGCUC